CACGCAGUCCUACAAGAACAAGGACGCGUAUUCCAGCUCCACUGGAUCGCCUGACAAGAUGGCGGUGUUUCAAGAGUGUUUACAACAGUUCAACAAAUCACCUAUUGAUGCCAAAAAGUGUCGGAGUCUUUUAGCCAAGUUGUUGAGAUUGAUCUAUUCUGGUGAAGUUUUUCCAGCACAGGAGUCUACCACCUUGUUCUUUUCUAUUUCCAAAUUGUUCCAGGAUAAGAACCAAUCUUUAAGACAAUUAGUCUACUUGACCAUUAAGGAGCUCGCAGCUACCUCCGACGAUAUUUUGAUGGUUACCUCUUCAAUCAUGAAGGAUAUCCAAGGGGGCGACUCUGUCUACAAGCCUAAUGCUAUUAGAACAUUGUCCAAGGUUUUAGAUUCAACUACUGUCAAUGCAGCUGAGAGAUUAUUCAAGAAUGCUAUUGUUGACAAAAAUCCAAUCUUAUCUUCCGCUGCUUUGAUCUCAUCUUAUAAUUUACUUCCUAUUGCUAAGGAUGUGGUUAAGAGAUUCACCAAUGAAACAUUGGAGACUUUGCAAUCGUACAAGCAAUUCCCUUCAAGUCAAUUCGAAUUACAUGAAUACUAUGGUAACUCUACCUCGAACUUACCUGCUACUUCAUUCAUGUAUCAAUACCAUGCCUUGGGUUUAUUGUACCACUUGAGAAACUAUGAUAAAAUGGCUUUGGUUAAAUUGAUCACCUCCUUAUCUGAAGGCUCUUCAUUGAAGAACUCUUUGUCGAUUAUUCAAUUGAUCAGAUACAUCAACAAGAUUUUAGUUGACGACGAAUCAUUGAUCCAACACUUGUACCCAAUUUUGGCUGGUCUUUUGAAGCACAAGUCUGAUAUGGUGGAAUUGGAAGCAUGUAAGACCUUGAUCAACUUGCAACAUUUGAUUAAGGAUGAUCAAUUCAUGAACAUUAUUACUACCUUACAAAAAUUAUUGAGUGUGCCAAGAACUGCUACUAGAUUCGCUGCCAUUAGAUUAAUCAAUAAGAUCUCCUUUAAGCAUCCAGAGAAGAUCAUUAUCGUGAACAUUGAAUUAGAAGGCUUGAUCAAUGAUCCAAACAGAGCCAUCUCCACUUUGGCUAUUACUACUUUGUUGAAGACCAUGGGAGCCGGAACUAUUGACACUGGAUCUACUGGUGGUGAAAGUGUUGAUAGGUUAAUCACUAAGAUGACUUCCCUUAUGGACGAAAUCACUGAAGACUUCAAGAUUGUUAUCAUCGAAGCAAUUGAAAACUUGGCCUUAAAGUUCCCAAGUAAACACAAAAAGUUGGUUGCCUUCUUGACAGACUUGUUGAGAGAAGAUGGUUCAUUAUUAUUAAAGACUAGCAUUGUCGACGCGUUGUUUGACUUGAUCAAAUUUUUACCAGAUGCCAGUGCCAAACAAUUGAUUUUGAUGAAUUUGUGUGAAUUCAUAGAAGAUUGUGAGUUCACCGAAUUGUCUGUUCGUAUCUUGCACUUGUUAGGUGAUGAGGGUCCACACACUACAAACCCAUCUUAUUACAUAAGACACAUUUACAACAGAUUGGUGUUGGAAAACUCCAUUGUGAGAUCAUCCGCAAUUAUUUCUUUGGCCAAGUUUGCUUCCGUUUGUGGAGGCGAUGUUGCAUCCAAUGUCAAGAUUUUGUUGGGCAGAUGCUUGAACGAUGUUGAUGAUGAAGUUAGAGACAGAGCUGCUUUGUCAUUGAAGUUCAUCUCAAGCAACCAAAAGAAGUUGAUUGUUUCUGAUUCUAAAUACGACUUAGCUGCUUUGGAAAGUAAGUUAACCCACUAUUUGAACAACGAAGCCAACUUUGCCACCAAGUUUGAUAUCAGCGAAGUUCCAAUCAUCACCAACGAAGAAUUGAAAUCAUUGGAAUACAAUAAGAAGGUCAACAAGCUUGAUGAAGGAUCUACAGAUGCCUCGGAAAGUGCUUCCAAGGACGAAGGUAAGAAGGAUACCGAAAAGGCUGGCAGUGACGAUGUUGCUAAUGACUUAUUGAAACAACAAGAAUACGCACAAGAACUCUCUGCUUACCCAGAAUUCGAAGCUUAUGGUAAGUUAUCCAAGUCGACUAUGGUUCCAGUUUACUUGACAGAGAAGGAGAACGAAUUCGUUGUCACCGUCGUCAAACACUUUUUCAUUGAAUCAAAGAAAUUGGUUUUGCAGUACAAUAUCACCAACACAUUACCUCGUUCUGUCUUACAGGACAUUUCCGUGAUAGCACAACCAGACAACGAAGACUAUGUUGAAGAUUUUAUCAUUCCAUUGUCAGAAUUGAAGCCAGACCAAACCGGUACCGUCUACGUAUCUUUCAGUACUCCAAGCAUUGAAGAUGAAGAACUUCUUGCUGCGUUUGGCAAUACUGUUGCAUACACUAAUAAGGACAUUAUUGACGAAGAAGGAAAUGUCGAUGAAAGGGAUGAAGGGUACACCGACGAAUAUCAAGUGGACGACUUGGAAAUUGUUUCAGGAGACUUUGUCACCCCAUUAUACAACUCCAACUUCACAGCCAUUUAUGAUGCUUUGCCCUCAUACCAAAGUUCUGUUGCUCACAUUAGCGGUGCCGACACCUUGGAAAAUGCAGUUACUAAGUUGAAGUCAACUUUGAAUUUACUUCCUUUGGAUGGUUCUGACUACGUGCCUAGCGACUCUACUUCCCACAUCUUGAAAUUAUUGGGUAAGGACGUUUGGGGCGGAAAGGUGGCCGUUAUGAUUAGAUUGGCAAACUCUAGCGGUAAGAUUGUUGCAAAGAUCGAAGCCAAGGCCGAGACAGAAAACUUCAGUGCCAUUAUUACCAGUGGGGCAUAUUAAAUGUAUAGGUGUUAAGAAACAGUAAAAAUAAGCUUACAAACGAUC